AUGGGGGAGCAUCCAACUUCGUCUUCGCCUCAAGGGGGCUUUUGGAAAGAGAUGCGUAAAGGCUUCUUGGCUGCCAUUGGCAUGAGCUUUCUUCUGCUGCAACUUCUAUUCCUCGGGAAUAUGUCAUAUCUCUAUGCGACUCAGUACCAAGAUACAAGCCGCAUCCACAAUCUCAACCUCUUGUAUGUCGAUUACGACGGCGGACUUAUUGGUCAGUCAGUCCUUGAUGCCUAUGGAAUGUUACAGAGUCCCCGCUUUCCCACUCUGGACCAGUUGCCUGCAUCGGACUAUCCUGAUCCUACCGAUGUCAGAAAAGCCGUCUGCAAGGGCAACUACUGGGGCGCGGUGUACUCGAGUCCAAAUGCGUCGAGAAACCUAUCAUUGGCUCUAGCGAGUGGAACAGACAUUGGGAACACGCUCACCUAUGUCUGGAAUGGAGCCAGAUACCCAGCCUUUGCACAGAGCGCAGUCUACUCCAAUAUCCUCACUCUGGUGGGAGCAGCAAGGUCGGCAUACUAUGCCAGCAACGCGUCGAACAUUGUAGCAUCAGCUCCACUAUCGACCAACGCCGCCAGUCUUCAGGCCUUCCUCAACCCCAUCCAAGCCACGGAGAUCAACAUCAAGACGACCGAGCAGGGACCACGCGUCUUGUAUAACACCGUCUCUAUAGUGAUGCCGAUCAUCCAGCAGUUCUUCUUCAUGAUGGCGCUGAACGGAAUCUCGGCUAAAUUUCAUGUCCUGACAAAGCUCAGCCCGCUUAGCAACGGUCUGCUGCGCAUGUGCGUGUCACUCGCUUAUACCUUCGUCGCGUCCCUGUGUCAGACUGGAUACACCUGGGCCUUUCGGGAACACUGGGAUGUGAACAGCAACCAGUUCGUGCUAUGCUGGAUGGCGAUAUGGCUGUAUAUGCACAUUAACUUUCUCCUUGUGGAUGUCACCACCGCGUUUGUCCCUAUGGAGUUUCUCCCGUUCUGUAUCCUGACGUGGGCGAUUAUCAACGUCGCCAGCACCAUCAGUCCGUUCGAGUUGAACCCAGGCUUCUUUCACUGGGGGUACGCGCUUCCAUCGCACGAGCUGUACCAGGUCCUCGUGCAGAUCUGGAGUGAUGGUUGCGAGAACCAGCUGUAUCAUGCGCUGCCUAUUAUGUUCUCAUGGUGGGUUGUCGGGUUAGUGGCUGUGGUCUUUGCGAAUCGUCACCGGUGUGAAAUGGCGGUGAAGGCGACGGUGGCUGAGCAGUAA